AUGAGUGAAAAACUAAAAGAAUUACGUGAACGAUCACAAAAACGCAAGAAAUUGCUUGCGCAAACUCUUGGUGUUUCAAGUGUGAGUGAGUUAAGGCAGGCUUUAGGAGCUACCUUAGAUGUUCCGGCGAAGAAACAAGCGGUGCCUGGUGGUGGAAAUGAAGGAGGUGACAAACCGACAGUCAAAGACCAACCUGAUGAACUGGUUUACACUGAUUCUUCUACUUUCUUGAAGGGCACACAAUCAUCAAAUCCCCACAAUGACUACUGCCAGCAUUUCGUAGACACCGGUCAGAGACCACAGAACUUCAUCCGGGAUGUGGGGCUUGCUGACAGAUUUGAGGAAUACCCUAAACUCCGGGAGCUAAUCAAGUUGAAGGAUGAUUUGAUAGCGCAGACUGCUACUCCUCCUAUGUAUUUGAAGUGUGAUUUAAAGACAUUUGACCUGAAGCAGAUGGGUAACAAGUUCGACGUGAUCCUGGUGGAACCCCCUCUGGGCUCCGGUUGGCGUUGGCAGGAUGUCCUGGCUCUGGACCUGCAACAGAUUGCUCAGGCUCGAUCGUUUAUAUUCCUGUGGUGCGGAAGCUCAGAAGGUCUUGAUAUGGGCAGAGAAUGCCUCAAAAAAUGGGGUUUCCGUCGCUGCGAGGAUAUUUGUUGGAUCAAAACUAACAUUAAGAAUCCUGGACAUUCCAAGAACCUUGAGCACAAUGCGGUGUUCCAGAGGACGAAGGAACAUUGUCUGAUGGGCAUUAAGGGCACAGUUAGGCGGUCGGUGGACGGCGACUUUAUACACGCCAAUGUUGACAUAGAUCUGAUCAUAUCUGAGGAUCCUGAGUUCGGAAGCAGUGAGAAGCCGAUUGAGAUAUUCCAUAUCAUGGAGCAUUUUUGUUUAGGGAGGAGAAGAAUCCACCUAUUCGGGCGCGACUCCACGAUCAGACCAGGCUGGGUCACUAUAGGCCAUGAGCUGACCAACUCCAACUUCAACGCUGAACUGUAUGCUUCAUACUUUACAGAGGGUCGGGAGAGUACUGGAUGUACUGAGAGGAUCGAGGCCCUCCGGCCUAAGAGCCCUCCCAACACUAGUAAGGGGGCGCGGCCUAGGGGCCGAGGUGGAUUUAGGGGGAGGGGUCGAGGAAGAGGAGCGCUAUAG